AUGGAAUUCCAUCUCGGACUUGCCUGUUCUAGCUCGUCAAUCCACUUGUGGCUCGCAUUUGCACUCUGGAAAUCACGAGCCACUGCUGGCUCUAACCUUGCUCCCGACCAUCUCAAGCUCGACUCGGCCUCGCGUCUGCCGCGUACAGAUUUCUGUCUCUUACUCUAUUUCUUAGUUGCUUGUGAGCAUGGUCAGUUUAGCGUCACCGGUAGACGAUUGCCGGGCACAGAAACCGCCGUAGAUGGUGUUCCACAAAACGAGGCUUCCGCAUCAUCCGCGGCGACAUCGACCGCAAACUCGAUCAAAGCGUUCAUCGCCGGUGGUGUUGGAGGUGUUGCUGCGGUCCUCGUAGGCCAUCCGUUCGACUUGACGAAAACGCGAUUGCAAACGGCGAGUCCGGGUACUUACACGGGUGCCAUAGACGUUGUCAAAAAAACCUUGGCAAGAGAUGGGAUCAAAGGAAUGUAUCGCGGAAUGGUCCCUCCGCUGUUAGGUGUCACGCCCAUUUUUGCAGUUUCUUUCUGGGCCUACGAUUUGGGCAAGAACCUCGUAUAUGCGGCCAAUCCAAAACGCGAUACACCAGCGCUCUCUACAACAGAAGUCACUGCUGCUGGCUUCUUUUCUGCGAUCCCAACGACCCUCGUUGCAGCUCCCGUAGAGCGCGCAAAGGUUGUUCUCCAGGUCCAAGGCCAAGGGAAUCUUCCACCAGGAACGAAGCAAUACAGCGGCGUUCUCGACGUUGUCCGAGGUCUGUACAAGGAAGGUGGCAUUAGGAGCAUUUUCCGUGGAACGUUUGCAACCCUCGCGCGAGACGGACCAGGAAGCGCGGCAUACUUUGCCGCAUAUGAGGUCACGAAAAAGGCGUUGGCACCAAAGGGAAAGGAGCCAGGUGAACUCAAUCUUGGAUCGGUGAUUAUUGCUGGCGGUACCGCUGGUGUCGCGAUGUGGAGUAUCGCCAUUCCCCCAGAUGUCAUCAAGUCGAGACUACAGUCGGCACCCCAGGGUACCUACACUGGCUUUAUUGAUUGUACAAGAAAGACGGUCGCGGCGGAUGGAAUUGGUGCGCUUUGGAAGGGAUUCGGACCGGCUAUGGGUCGAGCAUUCCCGGCCAAUGCCGCAACGUUCCUUGGAGUUGAGGUGUCUAGGAGCCUGUUGGACAAAUUAUUCUAG